UGAAAGCAAGGCCACAAAUUGACAGGCUUGUCAGCGGUGAAUCAGCUGAUGUGCUUCAGUGUGCCGCCCAGGGAACCGCCGUCCAACGCGAUCACGCAUACGUGAGUAGUCACGUAACAGCAGCUGGUAAUCCGCUACGGUGAAGUCGUUAUUCUACCAUUUGCUUCGCUCGUAUCAACAGCCAGGACUGAGACGGUCUCCUUUGUAGAUCUAUACGUAUGGCGCUCUGCUGACGAUAACAGUAGCUGAAAUCUUGCCAAAAUGAGCUCUGCUGCCCAGACAAGCUCUGAGAGCUUAACUGUAGGGCAAAACAUGAGUUUGAACGGGACAUUUAACCCAGCGGACUAUGCGAACACGUCCUUCGGGGAGGAAGUGCUGUUCCUCCCGCCGCUGCAUCCCGCAACCGUCGUCAUCGCUGCCGUUCUGCUCAUCGUGGCCGUGCUGCUUGGUACGGCUGGAAACACGCUGGUUCUCAUUUCGUUCGUUCGCAACCGUGCUCUGCGAACGGCUACCAACGCCAUGGUGGUCAACUUGUCGGCGGCGGACCUGCUGGCCUGCACCGCCGCCGUGCCGCUGGGGUUGGCGGUGGUGUUAGCGAGCACAGCCAGUACACCACUGCCCAGUCAGCUCUGUCAUGUCCAGACGUUCUUCUCUACCCUGUGUAACCUGGCGACACUUCUCAUGCUGGUGGGGAUCAGUGUGGACAGGUGGCUCAAUAUCACAUACCCCUUCACAAGUUGCGACAGUAAAACCAUCCGAGUGGCGGUGUGCAUCAGUUUCUCCUGGAUCGCUGGCCUCACCGUGGCCAUCGCCGAAGCCGUUUUACCGACCACUUCACACUUCCACGAGCGGUGCCUGGGGCGUACCGGCGGCCUGGGCCGGCAGACGGACGCCAUCCCGCUGCAGACGUACAGUGUGGUACCCGUGGGGCUGGUGGCGCUGUUUGUGGUCACAGUCUGUUAUGCUCUCAUCGUCAGAGCAGUCAGGGUCCAUAUGAAGCGCCGCCUGACACGUCUUCGCCCACGCCGGCCCGUCAUCUUCGUUCAGGCGGCUCCAGAUAACACCGCCCCCGACAACAAGUCCUUGGGGAACGACUGCAGUGUUGUCAUCGUCCCUGCCACCCCUUCCAUCUUCUCUCCCUCCGCUGUCACCGGGAACAGUGAAGCCUUUACGUUUGCCUCCCCCGCCAGUUCCCCUGGUCCGUGUUUUUCCAGCGGAACAUCGUCUCAAAUCACCCUGCAGACGCCCAUAGCUUCCCCGUGUAACUCCCGCCUCUCCUCGCCCGUCCCUCCCGGCCCUAUGACUACCCUACCAUCCCCCAUCCCUCCCAGCCCUAUGGCUUCCUACUACUCAAGCUCAACAUGUACACCAAAUACAACAUCUUCACCGUGUAUGCCAGAUACGGACAUAGAAGAACUGACCGAAGAUUCCACCCCACAACAAGCCCCAAACAGACAUUUUCUCUUCGAUCACGAGAACAUCAUGGCGCACCAACAUGGCCGACAACUGCACGGCCACGAACAAAGGCAUUCUGGGAAAUUCUUGGCAAUCCCCGAAGAUCAGGAGGGGGAUAGGCCGGUGACGCCUACACAUGCGCACGAGUUUCACACGUUCGGAAAUUUUCUAUCCGUGCCAACACCAACCGUCUUUCGAGAAAGGGACAAAAAGUCGCCGCAAUCAGCUACAGAAGGAUACGAGCUUGAAACCAUGAGCGAAUCCCCCUCGCCAAAUGCCGUAUCAAGGACGCCAACGGACAUUCCCAAAUCACACAGACGUUCGUCUAUGUCUGCUCUUCAUAGUCACCGCUCCUUCUUCAAGCGAAGAGUCAGUUGGACACACGCUGACAGCUAUGACCUGAGUCAAAAGGGCAAUGCCCCAGUACCCGCCAUCAACCACACCUGUAGUCCAGUUGUAGAACUCCCCACUGACCAGAUUACACGACGAAAACUGAGCUGGACAUUGCCUGACCUAACCAAAAGAUUCCGUGUGCGACCAAACAAGGAGGAAGACAAGGGAAAGUCGCCCGAUGACGACAAUGGUACUGCCCCAAAGACCACAGUCAGUCGUAUCGAUUUACGUACAGAAACUGUUCGGUACUAUCGAGACGAUGAAACCUCCCUUCCUGACGUCACUUGCCCACCGUCAUCAGACUCGAACAGGCAGAAGUCGCUCCCGUCGGUUACAGGAGGGCAGGCAUCUAGCACCUCACGGGACGGUAAGACUACCGAGGGCUCUAGGAAGAGAAGAACCCGCCUUGCUGAUCGCUCUCCGAGUCAGAGAAUACCAGAUGCCAUGGACAAGUCUGCUGCCAUUCGUUCAGUCUAUAUCAUCCUGGCGUUCAUCGUUGCCUGGAUACCGUUGCCCGUGGCGAUGCUGAUAGAGUACCUGGUGGACAGCCCUGUUGUGUAUAAUUUUGAGACGGUUGCCUAUGUGCUGAUGUUGACCACCAGGGUCGUACAUCCGUUGUUAUAUGCUUGUUUCCACAAAGGUUUCAGGACUGAAUUCCGACGCAGCCUUAAAGGCCUCAAAUGCAAGAGGGAAACAGCAUAAACUGUACAACAUUUUGUCUGCUUAGAAAGUCUAUGAGUUUGAUACCAGGAUUUGUCUUUCUUUCAAGUCUUCAGGCAAGAAACUUUAAAAAAGAGAACGCCAGGAAUCUAUGGCGUAAAGAUUAUGUGAAAAGCUUGUAAUAAACAACGCCAAACUAGUUUGAAAUCUAAAUUUUAUGUUGAAAAUUUGAAUUGGAGACUUUUUAGUAAGUCUAUCAUGUACCUUCAGGGAGAAUUAGGCUAAAAGUUAGUUCUGGUUUAAACAUGGACAAUGUACAUGUAUUUAUUACAUGUGCUCACUCAUUUAAAAUAUCAUAACGCUUAAGACUCAACUUGUACUUGGACAAUGUAUAUGGAGAGUCAGGAAAAGAAGGAUACACGUGUUUUAGGCAGAUAUUCACACUAGUCGUUCUGUUUAAAGGAGUGCCUAAGAGUUCAUUUAGAAUUGCUUGACAGUUCAUUAAUCAAGUCUUGUGAGAAAUAUUCUCAACGCCUGUCUAAAAGACUGACGUAACGUAUUGAGUUGACUUAAGCUUUCUUUCAAGUUUUGUUCUACAAAAUCCUAAAAACAGGAAAAGGUUUGACGGAUUAAAGAAAUAUGAAAUAUAACAUGGGGUUUGAUAUUUGUGAAUUCUAUGUACUAUCCUCACAGUUUGUUGAUAAAUCUAUAUUUGACACAAAAAGAUAAUGCAGCUCUAGCUAAAGACAUUUCAAUCACUUAAGGGUUGCAGCUACAGACGAUAUUGCCAAUAUUUUUAAAGAUAAAAUAGCAUUAGAUGACUUUUGGCAGCUUUGAUUUAUACUGACAUAAGGAAGUAAACUUCCUAUACUGUUAUUGCUAAACAUUUGCAAAUGUGUCCUGUAUCUUAACUGAUAAGAACAAAUGAUAUGUUCAUUUCAUAUGGACAUUUUUGAUUGAUUUUUGUAUCCCAAUCCACCUUUUGUAUGUACUAUUUUGAAAUAAUUAUAAAACACUGAUCUCCGGACCUCACUGGCAUAAUUGAUAAAAUUGACAACGGACUUCCUCCAGCAAUAGUAUUACUUAGGUGCCAUAAAGAUAAAUCAGUAUUUGUUUUGGCGUGCGUCUACGUAUUUUUUUGUAUUUUCUCUAUUUUGUUACACUGAGUGCAAAGCAAUACCCAAGUUUAUUGUUACUUGACAAUACCAGAGGGAUUAGAGGCUGUUUUCAGACGCUAAUGUAUGUCUUGUGUACGUUCCUUCUUUUGCACUUUGAAACUGCGAUCUGACUGAUUAAAAGUACCAAAGAACAUGUCACUUUUUUCUCGAAGAACAAAAGCUGGACUAGUCAGUUUGCCUCUCUUUAUAGAAGUGUAGCAAUAUGCGUUGUUAACAGGCUAAAAUUUCACAUGUACAACUUCAGACCAUUCACUUAUUGGUUUUUUCAUGAAAAUUCAGAGACAAUAAUUGCUCCUAUUUUUUAAUUUUUUUAAACAUAGAUUUUCUGAAACUCAAAUUUCUACAUUGUCUUCGCUAUAGUGCCCAAUACCUUGAUGCCAUUUAACCGACUGUAUUUUAAUGUAGAAAGGUAGACGUUUAGCUUUGUAAAUCAUGUACAGUAGAAGUAAAAAGAUACCUUUAUAUAUGACAAAAGUUACCGAUUUCUAUGUUUUUCUAAUCAUAAGCAAAUAUUGGUGAUUAAUGGUAUAUUCACGAUACGAACACGUAUUCCCAAUGCAAUAACGAGCUUUCUUAAAUUUGAGUUGAGUCUUGUGUAUGAGAAGUGAUCUUAAUACAAGUGUAAUGGGCAAGGUGGCAUCGGUAUGCUUCAGAGCAUUAGGAAAAUGUAAUAUUAGCAACCUACUAUGUACCAUGAAAAUUGCAAAGUCCCAUUCAAAUUGAAACCGGCACACUUAUUGAUCAAUGUAAGGCCUACUGGAACAUAUCAAACAUCAUGUAGAUCACAGACAAUAUCUGUUUGUUUAAUGCCUGGAUGUUUUUGUAUGUUUUCUAUCACUUUUGUGACUAUUUUAUGUGUUCAUGUAACAACUAUUAUUCUUUUUAGAAUAUAAUAUCUUCACAGGCAUUAAGAAUAAGACAAUGUACAAAUAACGAUGUACAGCGUUGUCACUAAAAUAAUAGUAAUCAAAGCUAUCAUUGAUGUAUCACUUUCACACAAGG